AUGUUUGAUAUAACAUUAAAUUGUUCUGUUAGCACGGAUUUAUGCUCCAAAGUUCAAAAAGCCUUCGAGACCGCGGGAAAUAUAAUAUCAUCAUAUUUAUCACUUAAUACUCGAAUCGUUCUUUCUGCAAGUUUUGAAUCUUUUUGUAUUUCAUAUCCUUCUCUUUGUGAAGACAGGAUAUUAGGUUUUGCUGCACCAGCCAGAUGGAUACUUAUGGAAGAUGAUGAUAGCAUUCAACGACUUUAUCCUCAAUCUUUAGUUAAACAAUUUGGAUUAUCGACACAUUUAGAAUAUUCUCAAAAUGAUAUAAUUGCCAGUUUUAAUUCAGAUGCAUCAUAUUGGUUUGAAGAAGAUUCCACACCAAUAAAUGAAACUCAAUAUGAUUUCUUAUAUGUGAUGUUUCACGAAUUACAUCAUGGUUUAGGAUUUUCAUCCGCUUGGGAUGAAUUUUUUACAGGAUAUGUUACUCCUAUAUUUGCCAAUGAUUCAAUAAAAGAAGUUGAUGUGGAUGAUGAUUUAGUUUAUAAAGAUAAUAAUAAAUAUAAAUUUUAUGAAUGCGCAUUUGAUAAAUAUCUUAUCUUAAUGGAGAAUAGUCAAAGAACUAGUGAAAUAACAAAAAAACUUAAUACAUUCUUUACAGAAAAUAAAGAUUUUACAACAGAAUUUCCUGGAUCUACUCAAGCUGAAUAUGCACGUCAAAUGUAUGAAAUAGCUCAAACUCCGAAUUCACUAGGAUUUUUACCUCGAAAUUCAACAAACAAUAAAGAUGCUGUUAUAUUAGAAACAUCAAUUGUCCCAUAUUUAAGUGGUUCAAGUAUUAGUCAUGUAGAUAAUAAAACUUAUACAAAUACACCAGAUUUUCUUAUGAGAGCAUCUGUAAAUAAUGGAAUAAAUUUAGAUAAAGAAAUAAUAUCAGGAGGAAAUUAUACUUUGGGUCCUAUAGGUCCAAAGUUGAAACAAGUUCUUGAAACUAUGGGAUAUCAAACUGCAGAUAAUCCUAAUCCUUAUAAACCUAAAUCGAUUGAUGGAAUGUUAAGCGAGGGAUAG